AUGCCCACCAAACAGGCCAAUCAACAGGGAGUCCCCGCCAGAGCCCGCCUGCCGGACCGGCGGAACACCGUGACCAUCCUGUACAGCCGGCUGUGCCGUCCGCCGCGCGUGGAGGCGGCGCCAGGUGGGGGCGGCAAGCGCCAGCAACAGGUGGCGGCCGGCCGCGCUGGCCGCCCCCGCGCCGAGGCGGCAAUGAUCCAGCACCCGGCCGAGCCGCUGCUGUCCACCGGGUCGGAGGCGGAGGGCGCACGGUGGCGCUUGGGCGGCGUGGGCGGCGGUGACGUCACGGACGAGGAGGGCGGCGGCGCCGCGGCGUGCGCCGUCGCUGACAAGGCGGUGUCCACCGAGGACCACGCCGAACUGGCGGCGGUGCUCGCUGCGCUCGUCAGGUCCAAGGUGACGGCGAUCCAGAGGCACUCGUCGUCGACGUCAUCGUCUGAGAGGCGCCGCAGGGCGCACUGCACCUCCCAGGUGGACGUGGGCCUCCUGUCCUCGGGCAUCCUCUUCCCCCGCAAGAGGUACCGCCACCACCGCAGGAGGCACCGGAGACACAGUAGCAGCAGUGCCUCGCCGCCGCGCAAGCAGCCGCGGCCGUGCCGCCUGCAGGAGACGGCCUUCUGCACGCCGCCCCCGCCACCGCUGCCGCCCCCGCCGCCCCCGGCCGCCUCCGCCGGCGCGUCCGUCUCCUAUGGCGCCGCAAGGACAGCCGCCGCCGCCCCUCAAGCGACGCCCGAGCCGAGCCGGCGCGCUCGCCCCCGCGGCUACUCCAACUACAACUACAAUUACAACUACACCUACAGCUACGACGACAGCUCCCCAGCAGCCAAUGGCGCCGCCUGCUGCGCUGCCCCCAGCCCCGCACACUCGAAGCUGGCGUCAUCAGAGUACGUAUCGCUGACGAUGGAGGCGGACGACUCGGGCGGGGGGCGGCGCCGUGGGGGCGGCGGGGGCGGCCGGCGCAAGCGGCGGCGGAGGCUGCGUGGGCGCGACUCCGCCUCCGGGGGCGGCAAGAAGCAGAAGCAGAAGCAGAAGCUGCUCGAGCCCGAGGACCUGCCGGCGCGCGCGCGCUGGACCAUCAUCGCCACCGCCUGCCUGCUGCUGCUCAUGUCCAUCCUGCUGGUCGGCGUCACGCUGCGCAUGGCGCCCAUCAUCGACGAGAUGGUCGGGAAGCGGAGCUUGGCUCCUGCAUUCCGCUGCAUUACUAAGAACCAGUUGGCGCGGCAUGCAACAGGUCUGGUGAAAUUCAAUUCUUUCGUCUUGAACCCCAGCCGCAGGCCUAGAAAUGCGAACGGGCACCAAUCAGGACGAGUCUCGCUCGUCUCUGGUGGUGGGGGCGGCUGA